AUGUCGGCGCCCUCGCCUUUGAUCUCACCUUCUCAAACGCCUCCACCACCGGGUGCGCAGGACCAUGGCGUACGCUUCUCGACGCCUCCGCUGUACGUUCGCGCUUCAGCUCGCUUCCAUCCCUCGCUUUCGGCGAGUGCAAUCCCUUCCAUGCCUGCACCAGCGUGAACAAGGCACUGCGUAGACAGUGCUUCUGGAGCAUAAGAGCAUUCCUUCUGACUUGGACCCAUACUGCUCCCCUUCCAGCCCUAGCCGGUCACCUCAUUUCGUCUCGCGAGCGGAAGCGAUCAAGGGGCUCUCGAACCGCUUCGUCUUUUCAUGGUUCUACAUCUAUCUCUACCUCGCGAUGGCGUUCCUAUCGUGCGUAUACCCGCUAAAAACCCAGUCUGCAAUCCGCUUUGGGCCUCUUUCGGUUGCGCAAAGGGACGCUGAUCUCCUGUUCCUGCCCGACGUGUGGGGCUCGGCUUCGGGACGAUGCAGCCUGACUACGGUCGUACUCUCGGUGCUGUCAGAUUGCCCCACGUUCACCUUUUACAUGCUCGAGAUCAUCAUCAACACGACCAUGAUCGUCGAAGUCUCGAUACGGCUCGUCGCGUUCGGCAAGGUCAGCCACGAGUUCCCCAGUUGCCCUCGCUUACGAUGUCGCUCUGACUCUGUUUCGGCAUCGUUCCCAUAGCAAUUCUGGAAAUCCUACUACAACACCUUGGAUCUGAUCAUCACGAUCCUCUGCGUGAUCACCUUGGUCGUCAUUUUCUUUUCCGGAUGUUCGGCGAAAGGCGAAGAGGUGUUUGAUGUGUUCCUUCUCGUCGUGCGCAACUUUUUCCAAUUCGGUCGAUUGGCAUUGGUGAUGCGCAAGUGAGUGAUCAACGGAGGUUCACGUGUUCCUCGUUGUGCGGUACCGGUACCGAACCUUCUCUUCGUUGAACGCUCCCACAGAUCAGGAAAGAACGCCUUCACCCGACCUGCCCCAAUAGACCUCUCCUCCGCGCGCAAUUACUCCUUCUCCCUCGACCUCGACCUCGACGACGAAGAAGCCUUAUCGACGGAACGACGUGCGUUGGGUGGGGAUCUUGAAGCUGCUCGAGUCAGUCGGACGAUCGGAGCCGGCUUGCACGGGAGGAAAGGGGGGGCUGGAGCGGGGGAGGAUAGGCCUUUUACGUUGGCAGAUAGUGACGAGGAAGAUUGA